AUGCCCUCCCAGAACACCGGUGGCAAAUCGUGGGACUUAUGUGGGUGGGCUACAUACAACACGAGACAGAGAUUAGAUAUAUUCACUUCUGAGGAACAGGAUAUUCUCAAAGAUGUUGAACCAAUCAUGCAGAACAUUGAACGGAUAAUGCAGCAAUCUGGGUACAGUGAUGGGGGUCCUCUGGCAACUAAGGACCAAACUUUUGCACUUGAGAAUGUCUUUAAGCACCAUCCUGAUAAAGCAGCCAAAAUGGUUGCAGGGAUUGAUUAUGUGAUGGUUAGUAAACACAGCAAUUUUCAAGAUAGCAGGUGCUUCUACUUGGUCUUGAAAGAUGGUCAGAAACAAGAUUUUCGUACCUGA